AUGUCGUUCCUUGCAGCCCCUGAUCCCCUUUUGGCUGGCUGCCCGUUCCUGUGCCCCUGUCACGGCCAACAGCUCAACCAGAAUCCCCGCGCCAAUCGUUUCUCUUGUUUCCACCGUUGCCGCGCCAUCUGCGCAAUCCCCACAAAUCCACAAUGCGAUGCCAUGCGAUGCCCUGUGCCAAGUAAAACGAUUCCCAAAGAACCUCCCCUGGCCCCCGAGCCUCACCACCAACAGACAAACUCGCGAUACCAACCUGCCGAGCACCGUUACCGGUGUAACACCAAGUCCCGUCUUGGGAUCUGGUUCCUGGUGUUCCCCUUCCUUGAACAUGCCCCUGGCGCAAUCCUUCGACUUCCAUCAUGA